AUCAGGAUUUGAUAGGUAGGUAGGUAGGCCAAACCGAGCUACCUGUAAUCAGAAAUCGGGAAUGGCCUAUCAACAGCUCACGCAAAACCUGAAGAAUCGGGUUAUAAAAGAAUACGUUUGUCUCGUUCAGCUUGAAUAGCACUCUUGGACUAACAAUAAACUUGAUGAUAUCUUGGGAUCCAAGCCGCUAUUGUAGCACCCCUUCGUUCCUUUUCCUUUGCUCUGUUUUCGAGUCUGGGUUUUGCACAGGCUACCCCCCGCCAACAAUCGAGAUGGAAGUUGAUCGCAGGAGCCCAGCGACAUCUACCAGGACUUCAACUCUUGCAACCGCCGGAAACAGCAGUCGUUCAACCACAACUCCCAUAGGCGAGGUUGGCCCGAGCCGCAAAAAUAUAGGCGUUUCUGGCGGGAAUGCCCAAGCGACGGAAUGUAAUACACAGAGUAAGCGGGAUAUUGCACUGCUUCACAUAGGGAGCUGGGUUCCUGCUUCCGCCUCGCAGAAGCGCGAAGAGUGCAUCAAAAUUGAUUGACGAGAAGGGAAGGAACUGGGCGGUUUGGAACUCUUGUAUUAGGUUCCAUCAUUCAAUUGCAGAUUACCGGAAGACGUGCUACAUGCGUGACAUGGACCUAAUCUACCCGAAGCGAGAAAUUUGAACCAGAAAGAAUUCGGACAAAAACUGGAGAUGUCGAUAUGAGGUUGACAUCUCCCCAUCCUUGCCAUGUAAUGGCGCCUCGAGGCAAAGGUGAACCGACAACCAUCGCACCAGGACCCUCUUCCACGAACGCAGGCCGAAAUGGAGGUCCAACCCCCCCUAGCAUGGCAUACGCCUGCCAAACAUGUACAUACAAGGCGCAAGGUCAAAUGCGACAAGACCAUGUCGGCCUGCCAUACUUGCCGUAGAAGCAGCCUUGUGUGCAUCUAUGAGCCGCCUCGGUCGGGGGGUCGGAGACGGAAGCUCAGCGGUGGGCUUCUCGAGCAACUGGCCCGAUACGAAAGUAUCCUGCGCCAGCACGGCCUACUCGAUUCGGGUACCCGGCCGGUAUUUCUGUUUGGGGACGAAGGCGAAAGUCAGAAGCCUAGGUACCGAGUCAUAUAUUGGCUUGCGAGGGACAAUCAAAACACCUGUAUUUGAA